AUGCCACAGGCCACAAUGGUCGGGGCACGGGGACUUUUGUCAACGUCAACCUUUGUUUGCAGAAGCUGCUCUCGAUCCGUCCGCCGUCAAUCUCAGCGCUCGUACUCAACAUCAAGAGAUGACAUAUACGACGUAGUUUGUGUUGGCGGUGGUCCAGCCGGUCUGAGCCUAUUGACAGCCCUUCGUGCAAGCCCAAUCACAUCCAGACUGCGAGUUGCCCUCGUCGAAGCCCAAGACCUUUCCAAGACCGCCGCCUUCUCCCUCCCGCCGACCCAGUUCUCAAAUCGCUGCAGCUCCUUAACACCUUCAUCAGCCCAAUAUCUCAACACAAUCGGAGCAUGGACGCACAUGAAGCGCGAGCGAAUCCAAGACUUCCACGAGAUGCAAGUCUGGGAUGGCGUCACGGACGCCCGAAUUGAAUUCGACCCUCCGCAAAGCUCCGGUCCCAGCAAAACUAUUGCCUACAUGACGGAAAACCUGAACCUUACAUCCGGCCUGUUAAGGCGUCUAAAUGAGUUAGGCAACGUCGACAUCUUCGACAAUUCGAGAGUGGAGAAAAUCGACCUGGGCGAGGAGACUGAAGAUAUGGACCUCAGCGAGUGGCCCAUCGUCCAUCUAUCCGGCGGCCAAUCUCUAGCUGCGCGACUUCUCGUCGGCGCUGACGGCGCCAACAGCCCCGUACGAUCAUUUGCAGGCAUCGAGAGCCGUGGUUGGGACUAUGGCAGACAUGGUCUCGUCGCGACGCUGCAGCUCGAAGGUGAGGGAUGGGGCGGACAGUUCAGCAAGAUCGCGUACCAGCGCUUCUUGCCUACUGGUCCUGUUGCUAUGCUCCCCUUGCCAGGCAAUUACUCAACAUUGGUGUGGUCUACUACGCCAGAGAAUGCAGCGCUAUUGAAAAAACUAUCUCCCAAAGACUUCAUCGCCUUGGUAAACGCGGCGUUCCGUCUCAGUCCUGUGGACCUAGGAUACAUGCACACCCAGACAGAGGGACAAGAGGACGAAUACAACUGGAGGAUGCAGCAUACCCCCGUGGACCUUGAAGCCAUCCCACAAACUGUCAUCGGUGUGCAAGAAGGCUCCAUCGCCUCAUUCCCCCUGAAGCUCCGCCACGCAGACACGUAUAUUGGCGAAAGAAUCGCACUGGUGGGAGAUGCAGCGCACACCGUCCACCCCCUGGCCGGACAAGGUCUCAACAUGGGACAAGGUGACGUGCAGAGCCUCGUCAAGAGCAUAGAGUACGCUGUUUCGCAUGGACAGGAUUUGGGAACUCAAUUGUCUCUUGAGAGCUACAAUAGCGAGCGGUACGCUACUAACCAUGUCUUGAUGGGCGUGUGUGACAAGCUGCACAAGAUCUAUUCUGUUGAGAGCGGGCCAUUGGUUGGUCUUCGAUCUAUAGGCUUGCAGGCUGUUAAUGCUCUGUCGCCGUUGAAGAAUUUCUUCAUGGGACAGGCAUCCGGGACUGGUGUCAAAGUUGUAUAG